UGCCUACUGCGCAUGCGUUCGGGAAGCCCAGGGUAGGCCCUGCUGUUUUUGUAACUCCAGUCAAUCCAACGCAGGCGUCUAAACCAAAACAAGGAGCGCGAGAUCCCCUAAUGACGGCGAAUAAACUAGAGUGACAACACUAAUCUGAGGAGUUACACCAAAAGGAAACAUAUCUGAAGUCAUAGCAUACCUCACAGGAGGAGUUUGCUGCUGACAUGUGUGUUCACCCUCCUUGGAAAACUCACAGCCCAAAAAGAACACGGUGGUCUUCAUCUUGAGAGGAGCUCCUCAUUCUGGCUAUGUGUACAGGACUGGAGGUCGGUUUGGCUUCAGAAUGAAACCGAGGCCACGCUCAGGCCCGGUACCCACACCUGCCUGGGGUGAUCUGCUGAUCUGAUCACAAGCGGACGACCAUUAACAACGCCCUUUUACAUGAGCCUUAACACUUCUCCACUGACUGACUGUGAUCGUACUUCUUCAAUAUCACAUUGACCACAAGCUUCUUUAACGUUACUGGUGAGGUUCAUGUACAAAUGUCUACCUCACGCUUAAAGCUCCUCCGUGUCCCACUGCAGCCCUGAUUACACUUCAACAUGACCUCCAGCAUAGACCGGGAUGACAGCAGUAUCUUUGAUGGUCUGAUGGAAGAAGAUGAGAAGGACAAAGCAAAACGAGUUUCCAGGAACAAGUCGGAAAAGAAGAGGCGAGACCAGUUCAAUGUGCUCAUCAAGGAGCUGGGCACCAUGCUGCCGGGCAACACUCGCAAGAUGGACAAAUCCACCAUUCUCCAGAAAAGCAUCGACUUCCUGCGCAAGCACAAAGAAAUUGCUGCUCAGUCGGAGUCCAGUGAGAUUCGUCAGGACUGGAAGCCUCCGUUCCUCAGCAAUGAGGAGUUUACACAGCUGAUGUUAGAGGCCCUAGAUGGUUUCUUCCUAGCCAUUAUGACAGACGGCAACAUAAUCUACGUGUCUGAAAGCGUCACCUCUUUACUAGAACAUUUACCAUCUGACCUGGUGGACCAGAACCUGUUGAACUUUCUUCCAUUGGGCGAACACUCUGAAGUGUACAAAGCCCUCUCGCAUACACACAUACUCGAAGGAGAGAGCCUCACACCGGACUACUUAAAGACAAAAAACCAGUUAGAGUUCUGCUGCCACAUGCUCCGGGGCACCAUCGACCCCAAAGAGCCUCCCGUCUACGAGUACGUCAAGUUUAUCGGCAACUUCAAAUCUCUCAACAGCGUGCCUAACUCCACACGGAACGGAUUUGAAGGUGUGAUCCAGCGCUCGCUCAGACCCUCGUAUGAAGACCGCGUGUGUUUCAUUGCCACUGUGAGGUUAGCCAAACCUCAGUUUAUCAAGGAGAUGUGCACUGUGGAGGAACCCAAUGAGGAGUUCACUUCCAGACACAGCUUAGAGUGGAAAUUCCUUUUCCUGGACCACAGGGCUCCACCUAUCAUAGGUUACCUGCCUUUUGAAGUUUUGGGCACGUCGGGGUACGAUUACUAUCACGUUGAUGACUUGGAGACCCUUGCAAAGUGCCAUGAACACCUGAUGCAGUAUGGGAAAGGGAAGUCGUGCUAUUAUCGCUUCUUGACCAAAGGGCAGCAGUGGAUUUGGCUGCAGACUCACUACUACAUCACCUACCACCAGUGGAACUCUCGGCCCGAGUUCAUCGUCUGCACACACACCGUUGUCAGCUAUGCUGAGGUCAGAGCUGAGCAGCGCAGGGAACUGGGCAUCGAGGAGUCGCCUCCUGAGAUCUCUGCAGACAAGUCUCAGGACUCAGGCUCUGAGUCUCAGUUGAACACCUCCAGCCUGAAGGAGGCACUGGAGCGCUUCGAUCAAAGUCGCACGCCCUCGGCUUCCUCACGGAGCUCACGGAAAUCCUCCUCACACACCGCCGUGUCCGACCCCACCUCAGCCACCCAGACAAAGCUACAGGCAGAGCACAGUACGCCACCCCGCCAAUCUGUGUCUACUAUUGAGAAGACUUCUCAGCGCCGGUCAUCUAUCAGCAGCCAGUCGAUGAGCUCUCAGAACACGGGCCAGACCAUGUCAACUUGUCUGGUGUCUCAGCCUCAGCAGCCACAGCAGCCACAGCACCCACAGCAGCUACAGACCACUGUGCAGCCAGUGCUGCAGUUCUCAACCCAGCUUGAUGCCAUGCAGCACCUAAAGGAUCAGCUGGAGCAGCGCACACGCAUGAUCGAGGCAAACAUCCAGAGGCAGCAGGAGGAGCUGCGACAAAUUCAGGAUGAGCUUCAGAGGGUUCAGGGUCAGGGCUUACAGAUGUUCCUACAGCAGGGUGGUGGUAGUCUGAACAUCGGCUCGGUGCAGUUAGCUCAGGGUUCCCCUGUGCAGCCUGGCACUGCUCUGACCAUGCAGGGGCUGGUGGUUCCUGCAGGAAUCUUACAAGGCAACCUGACAUCCACACACACGGGCACACAGCACGCCGUCACUCCACAGACACAGUCAGCUCAGCCACAGCAGCAGAACAUUCUCCGAGAGCAGACUGGCGCACACACACAGUCCCAGAGGUCGUCCCACACGCUGCAGUCUCCACAGGGAGCCCUGCCUGCGUCUCUCUACAACACCAUGAUGAUUUCGCAGCCUGGUCAAGCCAACGUGGUGCAGAUCUCCACCAGUUUAGCCCAGAACAGCUCGAGUGGAACCGCCGUGGCCACCUUCUCUCAGGACCGCCAGCUACGAUUCCCAGCAGCCCCUCAGCUCCUCACCAAGUUGGUGACGGGGCCCAUGGCGUGUGGCGCCGUCAUGGUGCCGACCACCAUGUUUAUGGGUCAGGUGAUGACGCCGUUUGCCCCACAGCAGAGUCAAACUCAGACCAUUAGCAUUGGACAGCAAGCACCCACAGCCUCACAGGAGCAGCAGGGCCAGACGCCGACCGGCACACAACCACAAAGCCAAAACCAGACUCCACUUAACCAGACUCAAUUCCUCCAGGCGCCGCGACUUCUUCACGGGAAUCAGUCGGCGCAGUUGAUCCUCCAGGCGGCGUUUCCCCUCCAGCAGCAGAACGCCUUCGCCACAACCACACAACAGCAGCAGCAGCAACAACAGGUUCAGCAUCAGUUACAGCAGCAGCAGCUGGCUUCUCAUAGGCCAGACGGUAUGACUGACCGCUCCAACGCCCCGCCCCAGUAACCCGGCAACAGCCAGCUGUGUGACGAGGACGCAGGAAUCUCUCGUCUGUUGUGCAGGCCGACAAAGCAGGAGUUUUAACAGUAUUCAAACCGUACCUGUUAUUCGCCUUAAAGCGAAACGAGGUGCUGUUGCCUGGUGUCUCUGCAGCCUACGUCUCAUCCCUCACCAAGCUCUGGAUGCUUGCACUGAAUUCUGGGAAGUAUUGUGCACACUUGCUGAGCGGUUAUUAAGCUAGCAAAGGAACCCUUGGUUUAUUUUUCACCCUUCACGCCAAGAAGCGAGGCAAGUUGUGAGGUGGGCCGUCUUUGUAAUUAACACCCAUUAACGUGUUAAUUUACACAGAACGCUCCAGUUUGAAGGCUGGAGAUGACGGGUCGAGGCUUCAGAGAAGUCCUGUAGGACAGACGGCACACAUCGGCCUGUUCUUCUCUCCUCCACCUCCUCCUCAUCCUCAUCCUCCUCCCUUUCCCUGCUCUCACACACCUCUUCUUUUCAUCUCUGUAUUUUCCAUGUAAAAAAAAAAAAAAGAUAGAAAGAAAAGAGUAAUUAUGGGUCAGAAAAUAUUUUUAAGAUUGUCAUGUGGAUUCAGCUUUUAUUGUAUAGUACACCUGUAAAUUAAUGUGUAAAUAUAUGGAGAAACAAAGAGAAACUAAUAUUUUAUAUUGAUGCAUGAUACAAAAAAAAAAGAGUGUAGUCUGUUAUUUGUAGCUUUGAAUAUACUUUUUUUCUAGUAUUCAAAGGAAAAGAGAAAACACUUAAUGGCUGAUGCCUUCACGGACUUCCUCUUUGCCGUGGGGUGAGUGAGUGCGUGCGUGCGAGUGUGUGUGAGCGUAUGUGUGUAUUUCUGCAAAGUGGGCAGUGCUGGUUCUGCUUUGUGUGUCACAGUUUGUUUAAAUACGGACACCUUCAUAUUUUCCUAACACUGCUACCGAUAACUUUCCUGUUUGUACACUUAACCGAGAUGCGUUUAUUACUAACCUCUAAACUGUACAGAAUAGUUUCCAUUUGUAUAUAUUCGAGAGAGCAGGCCGCUGCUUCCCGACAGAGAUGUAAAUUCAUAAUAUAUUAUAUCAUAAACAUAGACGCUUUAAUGCAGGGUUCAUCAGGAGCUUUCAGGAAAGUUGACCAUGACAUACUCAGGUGUCAGACGGCAGUUUAGACGCAAUUAAGCACGUAUUAAUCCUUCAUGGCCGCAUACUGUAUAAUAAUAUAUAUUUAAAAAACACACACACACACACACAGUGCCAAGCCAUAAAUGAAGCUAUAUUUGUUUUACAAUAGUAAUAUGUAAGCUAUGAUAGAAUAAAUCUAUCACUGGCAAUUUGAACUAACAUGAAAUUUAGCCUUUACCAAAAAAAACCUCCUAGUCGCUAGUAAAGCUUAGCACACGAUCCUCUAUUUGCACGAACAGGUUUUUUGUUUUUGUUUCUGAGACUUUUAGAUUUUGCUUGUAAUGUAAGAUGUAAUGUAAGAAGAAAAACGGUCAGCCAGCUAGUUACCGCGAUAAAGCCGCACGCAGAGAGAUCAGGAACGCACGGUGUAGGAGCUUUGGACCUCGGCGAUGAUGACUGUGAUGACGACUUAUAAACGCCCCAAAAAAGGAAACAUUAGCACUUAUGUUUGAAAAGCACUUUACAUUUAGGCCUUGGUGGAACUGUAAACCUAGGCAAGGUCUUAAUUAGUUGAGGUGUCCAAUCUAUAUGUCGAUUUAUUUAUUUCUCCCCUUCCUGACAGCUCUGCUUCUUGGUUACAAGAGUUGCAGUGAUGACAAAUCAGUCUGGGGUUUGUUAUGAACUUAUCACCAGAUAGGAGUAAAAGUAAUGUCACACAAAUUGUGGCACAGCUGUUAGCGCUGCUACCUCACCACUCCCCAGAUCCAUCCUGAGCUUGGGUUAGUGUGUGUGUGUGUGUGUGUGGAGGUUAACGUUCUCUCUGUAUCCUUGCGGAUUUGCUUUAAAUUAAUCCGCUUUUCUUCUGACCUCCAGAAAACGCACCAGCAGGUAGACUGGUUUCUCUAAAUUACCUCUUGGUGGGAAUGUGUGUGUGAGAGAGAGAGAGAGAGAGAGAGAGAGAGCGAGAGAGAGCGCUCUUCCCAUUCCCAGUGUUGUUAGGAUCCACAGUGAGCUUUGGCUUCAUCCAGAAAAAAAUUGUUUACUUAAAGAUGAAUGAAGGAGUGCUGGAAAACCAGCCCUUCGUGAACGGAGUUGGAUUCUGGAGUGGAGGUUUUGCUGUUUCUUUUCUUCUGCUCGUGCAGGUCGCAUUUAAAACUUAGACAAUCUUCAAACGCACUUGUUCCCAAAACGUUGUUCAACCCUAGAUUUCAUUAAAUAUAUGGUAGCACUUAUAGUUACACUAUGCUGCCAAAAGUAUGUGCACCCUGACCAUCACAGACAAGUGUGGUUCUUGAACGUCAUCGACUCCGUACUGUUACAGAUUCCUUUCACUGGAGCUGAUGCUACAUUCAGACUUGCAGUGACAAAGCAAAAGGAGGUCAAUGGUUUUCAGCGACAGCCGAGAGUGGCUUCCUGCAACAAGAGCACUAGAUGUGUUCGUGUUCGCUUCAGCAAUGCAAAGAAGUUGAGAAAAGCUGAACUUUAUGAAAAUACGGAGCAACUCUCUGCGUCGACUACCGACAGAAGUGAAGACGGUAGAGUGCAUGUGAUCCGUGACAACGAGCACGCUGUUUCUCCUUUAUCUCAUCUGAAAUGCUCCAGAUAAACACUGCUUUUUAUAUUUUAUACACAAACACCAAAAUCUACCUCCAUAAUGAUUUAUUUUAGCAGCAAGAAAACUGAUUUGCUUGUUGCAGCACCCACUGAUAAACAUUACCAUGGCAACCAGUAGACUCCAUGAAGACAUGGCGUGUUAAGGUUGGAGUGGAAGAAAUCGAGUGUCCUGCACAGAGCCCUGACCCUGACUCAACCCCACUGAACACCUUUGUGAUGAACUGGAACACUAACUGAACCCCAGACCUCCUCACUCUUACAUCAUCAGUGUCUGAUCUCACUAAUGCUCUUGUAGCUGAAUGAUCACUAAUCCCCACAGACACACACACUCCAACAUCUGAUGGAAAACCUUCAGAGAAGACUGGAGAAUACAUCUGGAAUGAGAUGAUCAAUAAUCACACACGAGUAUGAUGAUCAGGGGUGCAUAAACUUUUGGUCACGUCGCGUGCGUAUAGUCACUAAUUUCUGUCUUGUGUUGACGUGAAGUGAUCGAAGUUUUUUUCGAUGUCCUGUGUGACACAUCUGUUUUAUAUAAAUGAUAAUGUUUACCUUUUCAAAACAUGCACGACUAUCUUGUCUUCUGCAAACAAAACAAAACAAAACAAAACAAAAAAAGAACGACGGAUGAUCUUUUCAGGGUAGUUCAAGUAGAAACGGGUUGCAAUAAUUCCUAUGUACUUCACAUGAGACCUCAGCAUGGCAGCACAGACCUGGUCCCAUGUUCCACUUCUCAGGAUCUUUCUUCCUCCAGCUGUUUAGAGGAGUGCUGGUCCAAUCACACGUUCGCGUUGCAGUAUCCGUCUGUAGCACGGCUCUCGUAGUGCUCGUCGCCUGAAUAUCGCAGGGCUUCGCUCUCCGAGGGCUUCUGAUAAGCUGUUAGUUUUCUGUGAGUGAAAACAAAUUCGAUUCCAGCAACAAAACCUGUCCUGAGACUGAAUCUGUUUCUCUAAACAGGCAAAAAACAAAUGCAGUACAUAACAAAUAUAAGCUAGAUUUUAUCCUUUCUUCAGAAUAGAUGUAUAAGCUGAACAGAAUGUAUUUUUUCAUUAAAGAUGAAAUCGGUUGCCGUCUCAGACGUUAACGUUGUACACCUGAGUGGCAGUGCUUUUACAGAAUGAAUGUAAGACCCACGUACAUAAGCUUAAUCUUUAACUUCUAAUAAACAGAUAUUAUUUUAGAGCAGCAUAUAACCUGUUGAAGUAGAUAUUUUUCUAAGGUCAGACCAGAGCACUGGAAAGAGUUUAAAGAGAAAGAGUAUACACACACACACACACACACCUCUAUAUCCGUAAGUAUGCAGCUGUUAAGAACGGGAACAGUAAAGUAUAGCUACGUUUAUAAGAUGAUAAAGAUUUUAAACAAACUUUGACACACCAGAGAACCAGAGUGAAUAUUUUAUUUUUUUUUUGUCACGAUGCAGUCGGGCUCGGGACUGAGCUCUUCCUCUCUGUCCGUUGUGAACGAGUGAGAUGGAAAGAUGUGAGCGUCAUGUUACGUACUUCAUUCAAAAUACUGCUGAAGGAAAGGAAAGGAUUUUCAAGCUAUGGCCUUUAUUAUAUGGACAUUUAUACUCCGACAUGCCAAUAAUUAACAAAGUCGCUGUCUAAAAAAAAAAAAAAAUAAAAAAAAAAAGUUUGCUUUUAGUACAAUUUUUAUUUCUUUAGCUUUGAUUUAAAGCAAAAAAACACUACAAUCGGUCAGUAGUAACAACCAGCUAACACAAGAUCUAAUCUGUAAAGGGAAGGAUUUCGUGCCAAUCUAAAAGGAGCGGUGCCCGAUCCUACCUGUUUAAUUCCUGGCAUUCAACUGUCAGUAAACUUGGGUGUAUUUUCUGCUCAGUUAGGAUGAAAACACUGAAUCAGCUCAUGAAGACAAAGCUUUAAAUUGGUGUGCUGUACAGCGUGUACUUGUUCUAAUACAUAAAUCCGAAUACAAAGGCACCUGACGGCAGCCCACGUCCUGCUGAUUUAACUCUAAUUUUAUGCAAGAUUAAGCUUCACAGUGUUCAGGGAGGAUAAAAGCUGUAAAUUGCCUCUCGCUUACUCUUAUUAAACAGAACAGCAACGCUACACAAUGUGGCGUCCGUUCACACCUUUUGAGUUAAACACCAACACUAGGGUCUGAACACUAGUAAUCAAGGACAGCGAUGAGAAGUUAAUGUCUGGCAUGAACAGGAGGAGGUGUGUGUGUGUGUGUGUGAGAUUUAAGUCAACACUAAACAUGGCUGCUUCCAGCUAGUUCAAAACAGCCAUAGGCCCACAUCGGUUACCAUCUCUCUCUCUGUCUCUCUCUCUCUCUCUCUCAAUUAACACUUGAAAUAUCAUGAUCUCUACGCACCUUUCACAAGUCAGCCACCUCUCUGUAAAACCGGGUGUCCUGUAACAUUUUCCUGGCAUUCACUAUAAUUUCAAAUGGUGUGAAGUCAUUUGUUAGUGUAUCCAAAAAGCUGCAAGUAUAAAUAAAGAACACUUUUUUUUUAUUUUAUAUAUAUAUAUAAAUACAAAUAAAACUAGUCCUUGAAGUACUUGAAACUCUAACACAAAAGGAGCUGGUUAAUGAAUUAAUGUUCUGUACUUUCACCAUACACACUAGAUGUCCCUCAGUGUUUUCUUGUCGUUUGUGUCUUGUUUUAGUUUUGCAGAACACUUGUGGUUGGCUCAUGAAAUCAACCUGGUCAGUACAUGCUUUAACGGAGUUGGAGAGGCUUAAAUCCAAUCUUUUCGGUUCAAUUAAGUUUGAACAUUUUUGUGCAUUCGAUUCCAGUCCACAGCAUGAGCUGUACAGAGCGAUGCUUGCAGAGCUCAGCGGGGAGAAUGAAGGCUGUGCGCUGUGUUAAAGGUGCUGUAAUAUCAGUGUAUGUGCUGCAUCGGGGUUCAUUUGAUGGGCCACGCUAACAGAACCAUAAUGGAGGUUUUUGAAGCGAACGGUGCAGUUUGCACUCCUUUACUCGAUUUUGAAAAUAAACAUAUUUGAAAGAAAAAAACAAACAAAAAAAAAAAAAGCUAUAUCUCAGACCAACAUGUGUUCUCUAAAUGUGUUCCAUGCUAUUUUUGGUAAAUAAAACACUUGAUAUCUCA